AUGGAGACCCAACCGUGUACUGACAAACCCACCCAAGACUACCUGGGUGCAAUCAUGACAUGUACGGUAUCAUAUGGUGGUUCAAACUCUGGGUUACAAGUCGGGCUGAAUCAUGGUCACAUCACUGCACAAUUUCCCUUAGUACAAGCGGAAGCAUCGUUGAAUCAAGCGUGCCUGCGGGAUCUUCGAACGACCAAUCCCUACGAUGAUAAAGAGCGCAUCAAGAGCACCAACGGAGGGCUGCUCAAAAACUCAUACUGCUGGAUCUUAGACAACGAGGAGUUCAAAAAGUGGCAAGACAAUCAGACCAAUCAUCUCCUCUGGAUCAGAGGUGAUCCCGGCAAAGGCAAGACAAUGCUGCUGUGUGGUAUCAUUGACGAGGUAACACGAUUAAAUGUGGGUUCUGCGAAUAUCUCAUUCUUUUUCUGUCAGGCUACCGACGUGCGAAUCAAUAGUGCGACAAAGAAGAACCCAUCUCUUCUCUCCCACGUGCGGGGUCGAUACGACCAAGCGGGCAAGGCCCUAUUUGAGGACAUAAAUGCAUGGAGUGCGCUCUCGGCCAUCUUUACGGACAUUCUGAAAGACCCGUCUUUGAACAGUGCCUAUCUAAUCAUUGAUGCCUUAGACGAGUGCACAAAUGGUCUUCGUUCCCUUCUGGACUUGAUCAUCCAAGAGUCAUCAGCCCACCCACAGAUAAAGUGGAUCGCCUCUAGCCGUAACUGGCCUGAAAUCAUUGAGCGCCUUGAUAUUGCAACCGAGAUCACUCUGAUCUCAUUGGAGCUAAACGAGGCAUCUGUGUCCGAAUCUGUCAAUAGAUUCAUUGAGCACAAGGUUCACUCUUUGGCGAAGGUGAAAAGAUAUAAAGGUGACACCCGUGACACGAUCUGCCGUCACUUGUCGUUAAACUCGCAAGGCACUUUCCUUUGGGUGGCCUUAGUCUGUCAAAACCUUGAUAAGACACUACCGAGGCACGCCAUUAAGAAGCUAGAAGCAUUUCCUCCUGGACUGAAUGCUCUGUACGGUCGAAUGAUUGAUCAGGUUCGCGAGUCAGAAGAUGCUGAACUCUGCAAGCAAAUACUAGCUAUCAUGUCAACAGUGUAUCGGCCUAUCACGCUUAGCGAACUAAAAUCACUUAUUGAAGUGCCGGGUGCCGACUACGAUGAUGAUGAAUCCCUUUCGGAGAUCAUCGCAGUGUGUGGCUCGUUCCUGACAUUACGAGAAAGCACUAUCAUAUUCGUCCAUCAGUCCGCGAAGGACUUUUUACUCCGGGAGGCACUAAAUGAGAUACUUCCUGGAGGUAUGGGAGCUGAUCACCAUACUAUUUUCGCACGAUCUCUCGAAGUCAUGUCCAAGACACUUCGACGUGAUAUCUUUGAUAUCAAGUUGCCUGGAUUCCCGAUUAAGGAUAUCAGACAACCCAGCCCAAAUCCACUAGCAGCCGCACAAUAUGCGUGUGUCUAUUGGGUGGACCAUUUUCAAAGUAGCGAGCGCAAUGAAAUCUAUGAGCUGAGCCUUGAUGAGAUGGGUUGCGUGGAUGCGUUUCUACGGCAGGAAUACCUUCACUGGCUCGAGGCGCUUAGUAUUUUAGGACGUAUCUCAUAUGGUAUCCAAGCGAUGCAAGGCCCCUGA